UUUUCAAUUGAAAAAUUUGAGGAUGAAGCUUCAGAAGAUUUUUCUUCGUUACUUCCCUCCGGGGUUAGCCUUCAAUUACGUAAGAAAUAAUGGUCAGGAGGAAACAAAAUGUGUUGAUAUCUUCGAUCUGACAGCCAACAGUGAUCUCGAACUGAUAACGAAGCAAUUGAAAAAGAAAGAGCCAACAAUUUUCACCAAAGAUGUUUUACCACAAGUUUGUGAAUUGUUGGAGAAAAUUCAGAACAAGCUUAAGGAACCUGAAAAGAAUAAAUUUUAUUUGUAUAAAACACUUCAAACUCAUAUCUUACCGUUGACAAAUGUAGUCUUUGACAGAUCUGGCCAAAAAUGUGUGACUGGAAGCUACGAUAGGACAUGCAGAAUAUGGAAUGUUGAAACUGGAGAUGAAAUAAAUGUUCUCAAAGGUCAUGAAAAUGUCGUUUUCUCAGUGGCAUUCAAUUACCCAAAAUGUGAUAAAAUUGUCACGGGAUCAUUUGACAAGACAGCAAAAAUUUGGAGCGUGGGAUCUGGUGCAUGUUUAAAUACUCUUUGGGGACACACUGGCGAAAUUGUUGGAACUGAAUUUAAUAAAAAUAGUGAACUGAUUUGUACAGCAUCAAUGGAUAAUUCAGCAAUUGUUUGGUCAACUGAAACUGCUCAAGAAAUCAACAGUUUUCGUCACCAUGAAGCUGAAGUGGUUUCAUGUCACUUUAAUAAUACUGGAACUAUGCUGAUUACGGGUUCAUUUGAUGAAUAUGCAAUGGUGUGGGAUAUUCGCAUGAAAGAUCCUUGUCACAUUUUACGUGGUCAUGAUGCUGAAAUUUCGAAUUGCAUUUGGAACUUUACGAACGAUUUAAUUGCUACAUCUUCACUUGAUGGCACUGUAAGAGUAUGGGAUUUGAAGAAGUCAAAAGAUCCUCAAUUUAUUCUGAAACAUAAAGACGAAGUUCUUGAUGUAUGCUUCGAUUAUACUGGAAGAAUUGCAACAUGCAGCAGUGAUUGUACAGCAAAAGUUUGGGACAAAGACAGCACUUUAAUGUUGACACUUGAGGGUCACACAGAUGAAAUUUCAAAAGUUUGUUUCAGCCCUAAUGGAAGUUUACUUCUUACAGCAAGUGCUGACAAAACUGCUCGACUUUGGAAAUUAAAUAACGAUCCUGAUAAUGGAUUGUGCAGUCAAAUACUUUCAGGCCAUGAUAACGAACUUUUCUCAUGCGCUUUCAAUUACACCGGCGAUGCUAUUCUCACAGCAAGUAAAGAUAACACGUGUAAAAUUUGGAGAUGA